AUGUGCCCAAACUGCGAACCCGUACCUCCAGAGCGAGCCGACGAGGAGGCCAAGAAAGCCCGCAACGGUAUCCAAGAGAUCAUUGAACGCGCCGAUAGUCUUCUCAAUCUUUGCAACUCAUUGGAAGAUCGCUAUAGAGAAGCCGGCGUCGCCUUCCACAAAACCCAGCGCGCUGCCCGCAUCGCCUUGGAACUCAACGAGGAUCUGGAUGUAAGCCGUUACACAGCCCUCAACAACGCCUUCAUUGUUCUAAGCUACGAAGAGAUCUUCGCUCCUCUCAUGGCUUUGGUUAAGAGUCUCACUGCGCUCCGCACAAAGGCACGACUCAUCCCAUCAUCGACCGAGGCUCAUAACCUCAAGUUUACGCUGGAGUUCACGCUGGUUCCUGCGAUGAAUGUACUGGUCUCGGACUACGAGACGUUCUCGAACAAUCUGCGUAGCCUCGAACAAGAUGUGCAUGAACUGGAUGUGUUCAGUAGGCAGCACUUCCAGUUCAACGAACGGGGCGAGCGUUGUGCUUGGUACGACCCCGUGUUGGAUUUAACGAAUGGCCAAAGGACUGUGCGGAGCCAUCAUAGGGAGUAUGUGUUGUUCGCCGACUGGGUUUAUAACUUACCCGAAGCGCGGCGGGCUAUGGGGGUUCAACAUAAGAUCGACGGGCUACAUGCAUCUCGUACGCUCUUCGAGGAUAGGCUGUUUGUUUAUGCGAUGGAUUUGAUUUGGCAUGCGAAUGAGGGGUAUGUUGUUGAGGGUGCGGAGUAG